CUUUAGUGCCCAUUGCGUUAAUUGCGUUACUGCAAGCUAGGAGAGAUUUCAGCGUUCAGUCGCCAAAGGUGGUGAACGUUAGCACAGUUUAUCUUGUACAAACACAACAGGAUUUAAUGAGCAGAUUGUAUUUUCGGUUAUAUAAAGUGUAUUAUGUGCCAAAAAAUGCACAUACGGACAAGAUUAUGCAUUCUGUCAGAAAAUGUCUUGGUAGUCUCCUAUUUCACAUAGACAUCAGUGGUUUUACUAAUGAGACUGAAAUGAUAAAUACUUACGUACGUGACGAGGAUCAAAUGCCGUAUCUUAAUAAAGUGGGAGUUGUUUUUGAACAAUAUAACGAACUUACGCUAAAAUAUAAAUUGAGGCAUUCGUUCUCGAUACCAAAUGAUUUGUAUCAAAGCGUAUUAGAAAUGGAUCUUGAGAGUAUAAUGUUUCAAAUGCUAAAUGCAUAUAUCUCUUCAUCAUUUGUUCAAGUUCAGAUUUGUGUAGAUGAAGCGUUUAUAAAAGAAGUAGCAAAUUCCAACGUUAAGAUGUCAAUACAAAAAAUGCCUGAUCCACCGGGUAUCAAAAUAGACAAAACUGAUACAAAGUUAC